CCACAGUUUGUUUUUGUUAUCCUCUGGGCCAUUUUGAGAGGAAAUUAUGAGCAAAAUAAUACAAAUAACACGGAGCUAGGCAUUCUUCAGAAAUGGGGACGGGUUGCAUGAAGAGCUGUAUAUUCUGAGCACUGUGGUGGAUUUUUGGAGAUGUUGUCAGGGGACUGCUUUGUGGCUCAAAUUGCGUCAUUCAGAAAGGAGUUUUUUUUUUUUUUUUUUUACCUUGUGCUGAAGGCGUGUGGCGCUGUUGAUUGGGAUGUCUGGGGGAGGUUUGAUAAAUCGCUUAUUUGCGUGUAGUCCAGGCUGGGGGAAUAAGCGAUGGGAGGGGAAAAGGAAGACAAGGAGAGGAGAGAAUGUGGGCGCUAACGCUGCUCAAAACGGUGAGUGGACUCGGGCCAGAGCUGGCGUGGGUGUGGGAGGGGCCGAGGGAGACUGUUUUCGUCACUGAGAGUGAAGCUGAGGAGAAAGGGUGGGGGGCACCCGCAGAGGGAAGAAAGAUUUAUGAAAUGAUAGGUGGUCAGGAUUUGUUUGUCUGGACUUUUGCGGGCAAUAAGACCCAGAGUUUUUUUUUUUUUUUUUUUGGUUCUUCCUCCAUUAAGGAGGUCAAUGGCCACCCGGCGCGUCACACAGCGCCACUUAGCGCCGGUGUGACACCCAGCGGAGCCCUGGACACUCAGUCUCCAGUGGAUAACCAGCUCCCCCCACUCUCCCUUCCUCUUCCUCUCUCUGUCAGCGCGUAGCCGCUUUGCGUUCUGCAUGCGUCAAAGGAGAACCGUGCGUAACGGGAGAGUCGUGCGUAACUGGAGACAGAUUUCUCUCCAUUUUGCGCUCAGAUUCUGGGGACCACUGGUGGUGCAACGCUCACUGACCGCUGGAACUCUGCACAUUUUUUGCUCCCGAGCUUCUUUCUCCCUCCCUCUCUCCUUUAUCUACGCCAGCUGUACGUCAGAGCUGACAUGACAACCGAGACCACUCAGCAGCAGCUGGACCCUCCGCCUCCUCUGAGAUCCAGCCCGGCGUCCGGCGUCCUGCACCCCGCUAUGCUGAGCCCACAGGCCGCCACGGAAAGCGCUUCUGCGGGCGCCAAAGGGAAGAAGAGCAGCUCAGGUUUGAGGCGACCAGAAAAGCCGCCGUACUCCUACAUCGCUCUCAUCGUCAUGGCAAUACAAAGCUCACCCACCAAACGGCUGACCCUCAGUGAGAUCUACCAGUUUCUGCAGGCUCGCUUCCCGUUCUUCAGGGGUUCGUACCAGGGUUGGAAAAACUCAGUCCGACACAAUUUGUCACUGAACGAGUGUUUCAUCAAGCUGCCCAAAGGACUGGGCCGGCCUGGGAAGGGCCACUAUUGGACCAUCGAUCCGGGCAGCGAGUUUAUGUUUGAAGAGGGUUCGUUUCGGCGCAGACCCAGAGGCUUCAGGAGGAAAUGUCAAGCUCUGAAGCCCAUGUACCGGAUGAUGAACGGCAUCGGCUUCGGCACCUCCAUUCUACCGCAGAGCUUCGACUUCCAGGCUCCAUCCGCCACCCUCGCAUGUCACAGCAACAGCUACAACCUGGACAUGAUGAGCAAUUCAAUGGCUGGAGGAUACGACGGCCUGAGCGGGGGCCACCACGUCCCCCAUAUGUCCCCCAGCCCCGGAUCUACGUACAUGGCGAGCUGCCCCGUCCCUCCGAGCGGGGAGUACGGGCCGGACAGCAGCAGCAGCCCUGUCCCGUCCUCUCCGGCCAUGGCCAGCGCGCUGGACGGCCACUCCCCGUACGCCUCCACGUCCGCGCACUGGGCUUCCUCCGGCGGGUCCCCCUACAUCAAACAGCAGCCCCUGGCCUCCAGCAGCCCGGCAUCCUCCGGUUUGCACUCCGGCAUGUCGCCCUACUCUCUGGAGCAGAGUUACCUCCACCAGAACGGCAGGGACAGCCACUCAGCUGACAUAUCAGUGGGCAUUCCGCGCUACCAGAGCCACUCCUCGGUGUGCGACAGGAAGGACUUUGUGUUGAACUUUAACGGCAUCUCGUCCUUCCACCCCUCCGCCGGCGGAUCCUACUAUCACCACCACCACCACCACCACCCGCAGAGCGUGUGUCAGGACAUCAAACCGUGCGUGAUGUGAGCUCGGACUCCCCGCAGAGGGAGGCAUGGACGGAGGGAGGAGCGCCGACGGUCACAGUCAAACUGCAGCUCCGUCACGUCUGAAGAAACAGGAACAAAACCAGCGGACAUGUCGGGUUUUGAAGGAUCCGUGGACGGCAUCCCCCGUCGUCCACCAUCACGCGUUUUGGCCUUUCGAGUGCAACUUAAAUGUGUGUAUUUCUGUUAGGACUUAAGGAGAAAAGAUGCAUUGGAGGGAAGAAAUGAAGAAACCCCAGAGGCCUUUUUAGUAAAAAAAAAUAAAUAAAUCAAAUAAAAACCACUUCGCCUUUUUAUGAACCCUGACGAGCUUUCUUGAUCCAAAGAAGCCUCAGAAACACGACUGUUAUAAUGUGUUUGCCUUUAUAACACGCGCAAACUGCUUAUAUCCCAUGUAACGAUGUUUUUUUUUUCUUUGUUUGUUUUACAAUAUUUGUAUAAGUACACACACAACGCUUUCGACUUCCAUGAACUGCAACAAUUCUUGCACUUAUUGUAUAACCAUUGCCGACUUUUAUUUGUCUUGUUAAAGGUAUCAAUAAAGCUGAUAUAUAUUUUAGGA